CGGUCCGGUCGUGCGAUGCGUUUUCUGUUCGUUGUUUUCCUUAGCCGCGAGUGGACGUGCUUUCUCUAGCGCUGCUCUCUAGCCAGCCCCCGUUGUAGCCGACGAUCUUGAGUGCUCUGCUCAGUGUUAAUGCGAUAUUGAUGAGCACGUUGCCAUCGCGGAGAAGGUGUUUGUGAGAGGUAAGGCGUAACGUUAUAUCGGAGCGGUCUCAACAGAAGAUCCGAAGCAUCAAACAAACAAACAAACAAAACAAAAAAACAAUACCACUUUGACGCGUGUGAACCGUGUGUGAGUUGGAAAAGUGUGAAAAGAAAAGGGUUGCCAGUGUGAAAUCUGCGGGAAAACCGGCAGCCUCAAUCAAGCCUUUCGGUGUGAAAACUCGGGCACAAGAUUACGGCCGCAAGUGCUUCUCGUGAAUCCGUGAAUCCAGCAACCCAGAGAGCAGUCGAUAAGUGAUACGCGUGAAAAAUCAAAACAAAAACCACAAAGAAUGGCAUCCCCAACACCGGCUCCCGUGAAGAAAGUGCCGAUUCAUCUGCAGAGUGCGCAAAAUCGGCUGUACAUCAAGCGCGGUCACGUCGUGAACCACGAUGGAAUGCAACAGGCGGACGUGUACAUCGAGGACGGAACUGUGCGAUACGUCGGUUCCGGUGCGGACUUUGUUGUGCCCGGCGGGUGCCGCACGAUCGAUGCGACCGGCAAGCUGGUCAUGCCCGGCGGUAUCGAUCCGCACACACACUUUCAGCUCGAGUUCGGCGGCACUGUCUCGGUGGAUGAUUUCUACAAGGGCACCAAGGCCGCAGUAGCCGGCGGCACCACAACCAUACUGGACUUUGUACUUCCCAAGAAGGGCGAAUCGCUGCUCGAAGCGUACGAUGCCUGGCGCGCCCGUGCCGACCCGAAGGUGGUGUGUGACUACGGCCUGCACGUCGGCAUUACCUGGUGGUCCAAGUCGGUGCGGGACGAGAUGCGAAUCCUGUGCCAGGAGCGUGGCGUCAACUCGUUCAAAUGCUUCAUGGCGUACAAGGGCCUGUACCAGCUGAACGAUUCCGAGCUGUACGAGGUGUUCGAGACGUGCAAGGAGCUCGGUGCCGUUGCGAUGGUGCACGCGGAAAAUGGGGACAUUAUCGCGAAGAACGUUACCAAACUGCUGACCGAGGGUGUGACCGGACCGGAAGGGCACGAGCUGUCCCGCUCGGAGGAAGUCGAGGCCGAGGCCACCAAUCGCGCCUGCGUUAUUGCGCACCAGGCUCACUGCCCGCUGUAUGUCGUGCAUGUCAUGAGCAAAUCGGCCGGCAUUGAGGUGGCACGCGCUCGACGCCGUUACAACGGCACCGGGAUCUUCGGUGAGACGCUGGCGGCUGCACUCGGUACCGACGGUACGCACUAUCACGACAAAUGCUGGCACCAUGCAGCCGCCCACGUGCUGAGCCCACCGUUGAGACCGGACCCGACCACGCCCGAGUUUCUGAUGAAGCUGUUAGCUCAGGAUGAUCUGCAGACGACGGGCAGUGACAACUGCACGUUCAACCGCAACCAGAAGGAGCUCGGGCUGAAAGACUUCUCCAAAAUCCCGAACGGUGUGAAUGGUGUCGAGGAUCGCAUGUCCGUCGUGUGGGAAAAGGGCGUCCAGACGGGACUGAUCGAUCCGCAGCGCUUUGUGGCGAUCACGAGCACGAACGCGGCCAAAAUCUUCAACCUCUACCCGCGCAAGGGCCGCAUUGCGCCCGGGUCCGAUGCCGACCUGCUCAUCUGGGAUCCGAAGGCGGUGCGGACCAUCUCGGCCAGCACGCAUCACCAGGCCUGCGACUUUAACAUCUUCGAGGGCAUGAAGUGUCACGGCGUGCCGGAGUUUGUGAUCGUGCGGGGCCGCGUGUGCGUCGAGUACGAUCUGAUCCGCGUCGCCGAGGGCCAGGGUUCGUUCCUGGAGACGCCCGUCUACCCGUCGUUCGUGUACGAUGCACUGAACGGGGUGGCCCGCCCGGAGGAGGGCCUGGAGGAGAAGCACGCGCGCAACGGCAUCCAGGGCCUGGAGCUGAACGCCAAGUCGGGCCACGAGGUGGACAUCCCGGAUACGUACGCCCUGCCGGAGAAGUACAUCCCGGGGCCGGCGCUGAGCGUGAUCUCGGGCGAUUCGCAGCUGAGCACGCCCCAUAGUGCCCGGGGCCAUCGGCCGGACGGGCAGAAGAACAUGCAGGAGUCGACCUUCUCCAUCAGUGAGGAACUGGACAAAUCGGAGGCACGCUCUUGUAUUCGCGUCCGUGCACCGCCCGGCGGCAAGUCGUCCGGAUUUUGGUAAACGUCCCGCCGCGUACAGCAACAACGCGCACACCCAUUCGGAAGAGCCCGGGCGGGGCAGGCAAUGGUAGGCAAAGUUACCUCUCGAAACACUAUCACCUCCAACCCAUCCAAAGAAGAAGAAGAAGAAGCAGCACGCGUGACCGGAAACAUGGGGGAAGCAGCUGGUACGAUCAUCGGCGGCAAACCAACACAUACUCUUACGCUAGGGAUAGUUCUUUUUGAAAGAGGAGCAGUCGCGACGAAGUAAUCGCUGGCCUCCUGGCCCAAACUCUUCCAUAUCAAAGCGCCCCCAAAAGGAAACGAUUCAGUUCCGGAUCCGGUAUCGGUUCCGAGAGGCGAUGACCAGAGCAGAAACACAAUCAGCUAAGUAAUUUAACGAUAGAGGUACGACUUCGGACAGCGCCUGUCUGAGAGAGAGAGCGUCGGCGAGUUAUAAUACCUUUUUGCGCGCUAUUUCCUUAAGAGAGGCACACCGGCAAGCUUUGCAAACAUUAAUGUAUCAUCAUUUUAAAUUUAUUUAACUUAAUUUACUGCUCUUUUGCUGUAUCGAUUGUGCUGCUAAGCAUUACGGAAAGAGUGACAGUGGCGCGGAGGCGUAAAAAUCCUUAUUUUUAAUAGCUUUAGUUGCUACAAAAUUUUAAAACCCUGUUGCCUCUGCAAUGUAUGAGAUCAUUGGAACAAUUAUAUGGCUUAUUUAAGUGCUCGGGAUGCUCCGAAGUACAAAACUGUCGGUAGAUGACGUACAGCAAAGCACACCGAAGGGUAGCGAGCGUUCGGCAGAUGUGCAAUAGUGUGUAGGUUGUUUUGUUCUGAUAGCAAUCUAAGUUUCAGUUUCAGCACACUCAUCUCAACAGUUUAAACCAAACCUGUAACACACACCAAACAACAAGCAUCAUCUAUUUAUUUACGCACAACGUCUUGAUAAAUACGCAUCUCUGGUAUAGGAAAAAGGGGAAAAGCGAGGGUAUAACUAAGCGUGAAAUAUUUGGGAAUUGAGGCGAAAAAACGAACAUUGAUAUGAAGAAGCACAUAGGAAACGGUAGAGCUUUGUUGCUUGUUUUCGGGAAGCGCCCUACUACUACUACUACUACUACUAGCUACUAAUGAUACUACGAUAGAAUGAAUGAGCUUUGUGCUUCAAUUCUUCUCAUUUUUUUUGUUUUUGUGUACCACUAGCUAGGGUUUACAAUUAAGAUAAUCGCUAGCAAAACAUUUUUACUAUUCACACGCUGGAAGGACAAGCCAAAGUUUGCUAGAAUUUGUCAAAGAAUGGGACCGAAAGCAUGUUUCUUGUGUCUGUGCGAUUUAGAUGUGGCCUCGAUAGCCGCACGUUUUGGAACGUGUGUUUGGUCAGGUGGUUUCGUUAUGUUACUUUUUCUUACAUAUAGGACGUAUGUGUGUAUGUGUGUCGUGCAUUUUUCUUCGCGCAUAGGCCGCCCUCGGUUACGGGCCUUGCAUACGAGAGCUUGAAGUGGAAAACAAACAAAACCCCCCAACCUGUAGCGAUAGAAGAAGAAGAGAAAACAAACACUUGUUUCGAUGGUCGCUUCUUCGUUUGUGUUUUGUCGCCUUAUUGUUUCAUUUAAUAUUAAUACCUAGCUCCAAAUAUACACUCGCGCGAAGUUGGGCGAACAAGUUUUCCAUCGUAAGAUAAGCAGUGCGCGUUUAGCAUUAAAAAACAAACAAAACCCAUUUAAUAUUACACCAACCUCCGUGGGUAAUGGUAAAACACUGAUAAAUAAAGAAGCAAAAACAUA